AUGGAAGUGAAUCGCAGUCGUCUGCUGACCACAGCUCGUCCUUAUCUUCAGGUUCUUUCACUCUUUGGACUUACACCUCCGCCGGUAUUUUUCACCAGGACAUUGCACAAACGUCAUAGAGGCUAUUUAAUAGCAGGAUUCAUCUUUUAUUUGAUUGGAAUUCUUCUGGUGGUUUUCUAUGAGUGUUAUGCCAACAUUAUAGCCCUACAUCAGGAAAUAGAGCAGUUCCAUUCGGAGGAUUUCAGCAAAGUUAUGGGAAGGACGCAAAAAGUUCUCGUGGUGACCAUUGCUACUUGCAACCAACUUAAUAUGCUGCUGAACUUUCGGCGACUCUAUCGUAUCUACCAGGAUGUUGCUGAUCUGGAACUGCAGAUAGAUAAGAAUUUAAAGGGUUUUGGUGGAAGGAGAUAUUGGUGGAGCUUUCGAUACCGAUUAGCCCUUUUUGUGGGUCUGUGGAUAGUGCUGAUCAUAAGUCUGGUUCCGCGCCUAACAAUUCGUCGACUGGCUCCCCUCCUCCACUGGGCAAAUAAAAUAGCUACCGAGAUCAUUUUGAUAACGCUACAACUUAAAGUUCCAGAGUAUUGCGUUUUUGUGUUACUGAUAUACGAACUGAUUCUCCGACUGAAACAUAUCCUCGAGCAGAUCCAGGUUGAACUUGAGAAUUUUAAUAGCAGGGAGAGGAUUCAGGAGCUUUGUGUGCUUCUGAAGAACAAUCAGUUACUGGUGGGAAAAACCUGGAGGUUGGCGGGUGAGAUUGGAUCUUAUUUCACCUUAUCCAUGACGCUGCUGUUUCUCUACAAUGGACUGACCAUCUUGCACGUCGUAAACUGGGCUCUGAUAAAAUCUAUAAAUCCCAACGAUUGCUGUCAGUACUCGCGAAUCGGUGUUAGCCUCUUGCUAACGAUCAAUAUUUUUCUGGCCUGCCUUUCAAGUGAAUUCUGCAUCAAAGCGUACAACAGCAUCCCACAAAUUCUACACCAAAUUUAUUGCUUGCCUGUAGCAGAAGAUUAUCCAAUGUUAAAAAUGGGACUAAGGGAGUACUCCUUGCAAAUGCAAAAUCUAAAGCUAGUUUUCACAUGCGGCGGCUUCUUCGACAUCAAUCUCAAGUAUUUUGGAGGGAUGGUCGUUACCAUAUUUGGAUAUAUUAUUAUUCUUAUACAAUUCAAAAUUCAAGUUUUUGCUCAAUCAAAAUAUUUUGAAAGUCAUAACAUUAGCGAAAUGUAUAAUGAGUGA